AAUUCCCAGAGUCCAGAGCUCCCUCAUAAACUAGCCGUUACCCUUCGCUGCUCUACAUCUGUCUUCUCUCAUAUUGCUUUUCCUUCCAUGGCUGCUUCAGUUGACACUCCAUCUCCACCUCAUCUCACCAAGGAGCCCACAAGCUCGAUGGCUUCUUCAUCUCCUCUCUUCAGUCCAGCUUCAGACAAGGGUUUUUGGAGCACCCUUCGUAACCGGGUCGAUGCUCUCAUCGAUGAUCGGAAUGCCAAGUUCUCUACCGUCCAAAAUAUUGAUCCGUCUUUGCCUACACAGAUUAAUUCAGGAAAAUCCAACAAAGCUAAGCGACUGAAGGAGGAUUCAUUGCUUUUGCUAAGAGGGUUUGAUUCCAUCUCACAAACUCUCUCUCAGCUAUCUAACAAUCUCGACAAUGCUCUUCAGGGAGCUAGAGAGCUAGCUAAACCUCCCACAUUGACCGAUAUAUUUCAUAGUAACCUGAAGAAUUCAGAGGCCAAAGAGGAAGAUCCAAAACAAAAACCAAAGGAAGAAGACAGGAAGAUAGGUGUGAAGAGGAAAUUUGAUUCCAGUGAAUUGUCAGAUGAUAACAAAGGAGAUGAUUCGCAAAAAGAGAACGAGCAAAGCCCCAAAGACAAGAAGAUGAUAAAGAAAGCCAAAAAUCUUGCAAUUUCCAUGGCGACCAAAGCCGCUUCACUUGCAAGAGAGUUGAAGUCCAUAAAAUCUGAUUUAUGUUUUGUGCAAGAGCGUUGCGGUUUGCUUGAGGAAGAGAACAGAAGGCUUCGAGAUGGAUUUGGUAAGGGGAUCCGACCCGAGGAAGAUGAUCUGGUGAGGCUUCAACUGGAAGCACUGCUUGCAGAGAAAUCCAGACUAGCCAAUGAAAAUGCAAAUCUGGUAAGGGAAAAUCAGUGCCUUCACCAGCUUGUAGAGUACCAUCAAAUGACCUCCCAAGAUCUCUCUGCAUCGUAUGAGGAAGUAAUAAGAGGAAUGUGCUUAGACUUUUCGUCUCCUAUAGCAGAAGAAGAGGAAAUCGAUGGAGAUUGUGACGAUGCUGACAAGCGAGUUACACGAACACCUCCAAGGGAUAUCUUCGGCUUAUCCACGUCUCUUGACGACUACUUCGAUGAAGAGCAGCAAUAGGUCACGCGCAAUAUAGGUGGAAGUUUAAUGUCUCGUCACUGGAGCUGAUAGUUUGGCUGUAACAAGAUAAAUUUUAUGAUUAAUUACUUAAUAUCUCAAAUAAUAUAACUCCUGUUUUCUAAGGUU